CCCGGUGGGCGUGCCGGAGACGUGUCUUACUGGGACCAUUGGAGGCGCUUCCCGGGUGCCGGCACCUGGUAGUCUGUGUCUAGUCUUCCUGCAUUUCGUGGGCCGAGCGAGGCAGCGUGGGGAGGCGGCGGCGGCGGCGGCGGCGACGGUCCGGCCUGGGAUCGGAGGCCACCGGGAGCCCAGCCAUGGCCGAAUCGGUGGAGCGGCUGCGGCAGCGGGUUGAGGAGCUGGAGCAGGAGCUCGCCCGGGAGAGGAUCCGGCGGUCUGAAGGGGACGGCCACUGCGGCCGGACCCGCAUCCAGCAGAUGAGCGACGAGGUGGUGGACUCCAAUCCCUACAGCCGUCUGAUGGCAUUGAAACGGAUGGGAAUUGUCAGUGACUAUGAGAGAAUCCGUACCUAUGCUGUAGCAAUAGUAGGUGUUGGUGGAGUUGGUAGUGUGACUGCCGAGAUGCUGACAAGAUGUGGCAUUGGUAAGUUGCUGCUCUUUGACUACGACAAGGUGGAGCUGGCCAACAUGAAUCGGCUUUUCUUCCAGCCGUAUCAAGCAGGACUGAGUAAGGUCCACGCAGCGGAGCACACCCUGAGGAACAUUAACCCUGAUGUUCUGUUUGAAGUUCACAACUACAAUAUCACCACAGUGGAACACUUCGAACAUUUCAUGAAUAGAAUAAGUAAUGGCGGAUUAGAAGAAGGACAACCUGUUGACCUAGUUCUCAGCUGUGUGGACAACUUUGAAGCUCGAAUGGCAAUAAAUACGGCUUGUAAUGAACUUGGUCAGACAUGGAUGGAGUCUGGGGUCAGUGAAAAUGCAGUUUCCGGGCACAUCCAGCUCCUGGUCCCUGGAGAGUCGGCUUGCUUUGCGUGUGCGCCACCGCUUGUUGUCGCUUCAAAUAUUGAUGAGAAAACCCUGAAACGAGAAGGCGUCUGCGCGGCGAGUCUCCCCACCACCAUGGGGGUGGUGGCCGGGAUCUUGGUACAAAAUGUAUUAAAGUUUCUGUUAAAAUUUGGCACCGUCAGUUUUUACCUUGGAUACAAUGCAAUGCAGGAUUUUUUCCCUACCAUGUUCAUGAAGCCAAACCCUCAGUGUGAUGACAAAAACUGUAGGAAGCAACAAGAAGAAUACAAGAAGAGGGCAGCAGCGCUGCCCACACAGGAGGCUGCGCCCAAAGAGGAGGCAGAGGUCAUUCAUGAGGACAACGAGUGGGGUAUUGAGCUGGUGUCUGAGGUUUCAGAAGAGGAACUGAAGAACUCUUCAGGCCCUGUUCCCACCUUACCUGAAGGAAUUACAGUGGCAUACACAGUCCCAAAGAAGACAGAGGAGUCUGUUUCUGAAGUAACAGUGGAAGAUUCUGGUGAAAGCUUGGAAGAUCUCAUGGCCAAGAUGAAGAACAUGUAGACAGUGGGCUGGCUUCUGUCUUCUUAUCCAUGCUUAUGCUGUUCCCUUGGAAUUAAACAACUGGAACUAAUAAAACUUAGCGCCGCCUUAGGUGGCGUGUAUAUCUUCACUGAAUUGUUAUGCUGUGUGGAAUAUGGCUUCCUCGUGCUUCCCUAUACAACCUAAUCAGUAUCACAGCUACAGAAAGAGAGGAACGGACCAUUCCAUUCCAUAACUUCAUGUCUGUGGCCUGCGGCCCUGGAUGAUAAAUGGAGGAUAGAUUGUGUAGCCUGGUGGCUGUGGCUAACAAGUGUCGGAGUGAAUGGCUUCCUACUGGACAGUUACCCACUGAUAGUCUGACCAGGAGUGACUUUAAACAGCCUAUAGAAUAAAAACAUCCCUCAGAUGAUUCUGGAUGAAAUCGAAGCAGAAUGUCUUCAUUAGUAGUGUAUAAACCCAUGGGUUGACUAAGACAAAGCAUACAUGAAAGCAAGCUAUUUUCAUGGCAGACAGAAUUAUGUUCAGGAAACAUUGGUUAUCCUCAAAUUUUCAUCGAUCAAGGAAAAGCAUUGCUCUCUGUAGCAGAAGUGUCUGGAGUCACCAUGUUACUGAAGAACAGGCAUGAGUGCACCGUCCAUACUGUGUGCAGCAUAGAGUGUUCCUCAGGAUUUGAGUCCAUAAAUCCUGAGAUGUCAGCAAGGCUUGUCUGAGUGGUGGGCAAAACAAGGAACUCAAAACUGCCUCUACAGAGCUGCACAGGUAUUCAUUCUCUGCAAGGGUUCCAUUUCCCAACUGUGACCACUUCAGUUGUAAACUGAUGCUGAUGUGAACUAUCGGUGGCUUAACCUUGAAGCUAUGAAAUGUAUCAUUAUGAAUGUCUAAAUUAUGUGUAUUGGGAAAUGUUAGCAAAAGUUCAAAGUGCCAUUCCCACUUGUAAAAUAAAGUUGUAAAGACCAAUUCCA